CUUAGUUUUGCUGAUCGUCACAAUCGAGUGCGCCCACUGUGGAAAAUACAGCUUCGUGCACAUUGAUUUAAAAAUCGAGUCCGUCCCCAUUGUGACCUUGUUCCGCUUUGAUAUGCUGAGACAACUCUACAUGACCCCAAGCAGAUGAAAAACGUUUAUUUAUACAAGUCUUGGCGAGUGGUAUUAAGAGUUUCAGUAUAUACACAGGUAGUUUGGAUUAAUUAUUAAUGGCUUUCAAACACCGGCUUCUUAGAAUUCUACGAACUCUCGGUAAACACACACACUCGAUCUCAUUCAUCGACAUAACUCGUAGCGCCGCUGAGCCAACAACACGGAAAAGAUAGGCAAAUAUAUUAUUGUAGGAAGGUGUUGGACAAUAAUUCAUGAUGCGGAUUAUAUCUGCGACAUGUGAAAGCUCGUCGCUUUUGAUAUGUACAUUUACGUGGACUGUAAGGUAAUGUACAUGGACUGUGCAUUUCUCGACGAGCAGUGAAAUAAAAAUGGAUCGCAGCGGGCACCUGCCAUAGAACAUUCGGAAGGAAGUGUUUACGGUACAUUUUCUGGAAUUCUAGAUAAAAAUGGCAAGUAACGGGAAUACAAAGAGAGGGGAUAACCUCUAUCUUACCACCAUGGACACAAUUGACCCCAAAACUGUUUGUGUUGAUCUAGAUGGAGAGGAAAAUGUACUGAAUGAUUCUGACAAACAGACAUGUGUCAAGUGGCCUAUUCUCUUUGAGAGAGCUUCAGGUAGCUGGUGGAAUCCAAAAUUUGACUCACCCAUUUUAGAACGAGAACAGUGGGAGAAGUCAUUUCCCCAGACGCGGCGAAGAUUUCGUGCAAUCUUGUGCAUCAUUUUAGUGUCUUGCCUAGCUUGGAGUGUUUUCUUUGGAAUAAGACAGGAUGUACUUUGGUUGGAAUUUCUGAUAGGAAGUGUGGUUUUCCUGUGUCUAAUAGCAUUAAUUCUAGGCUUCACAUUUACCAAAUUCUACAAAAGAUUUUAUCUACUGACCUCUAUAUUGCUGUCAGUUUUGUUGUGUGGAGGGAUUCUAGCCCAGUUUUUAUACAGUAACUCGCUGGUUUCUACUGUAGGGACUUUUGCAGCCUCAAUUGAAGUCUUAUUUAUGAUGUACACUGUGAUACCAAUGCCAUUGUUUAUGUCCAUUGGACUUGGAGUCACACAUUCCAUAUUUUAUGAAGUGUUAGUUGCAGUUAGAAAUGAUUAUAUGCAGCAACCAAUAAUCAUAAUUGGGAAGGCACUUUUGCACUUGUGUGUCCAUGUUAUGGGUAUCCAUAUCUUCAUAAUGUCUCAAGUUGGUCAGAGGAGUACAUUCUGGAAAAUUGGCCAGUCUGUGCUAGCCCAGAGAGAGUUAAAAAAUGAAAAGAGAAUAAAAGAGAAAAUGAUCCACUCUCUUAUGCCUCCAUCAGUAGCUCAGGAGGUAAUGGCAUCGCGGCAAGACAAAGAACAAAAUCCAGAUGAGGACUCAAGAUCCAAAAAGCGUAAUUCAAGGUCCAAAAAUGUCAAAGGUGAAAUUAUAUUUCGUCCCUUUAACAUGAAUACCAUGGAUAAUGUUAGUAUACUGUUUGCAGACAUUGUAGGCUUUACCAAAAUGAGCUCAAACAAAACUGCAGCACACUUAGUAGGUUUGCUGAAUGACUUAUUUGGUAGAUUUGAUACUCUGUGCACUAAUUCUGGGUGUGAAAAAAUCAGCACACUUGGAGACUGUUAUUACUGUGUGUCGGGGUGCCCCCAGGCUAGGGAGGACCAUGCUAAGUGUUGUGUGGAUAUGGGGCUAGGUAUGAUCAUCGCCAUCAAGGAGUUUGAUAGAGACAACAAUGAAUCUGUGAAUAUGAGAGUGGGUGUCCACACGGGCACUGUGCUCUGUGGUAUUGUUGGUAGACAGCGAUUCAAAUUUGAUGUGUGGUCCAAUGAUGUAACUUUAGCCAAUACUAUGGAGUCCAGUGGUUUGCCUGGAAAAGUCCACAUUUCAGAAGCCUCACUGAGUUUUCUCAACAAAGAUGAUUAUGAUGUCGAGGAAGGACCAGAUGUACAAGAUAACAGGACAUAUAAAGUGCUAAUAGAAGAAUAUGACACAAGUAAAUCAACCUACGCAGUGAGACAUACAGAGGAACAAAAAGUAAUCAAGACCUACUUUAUCAAUGGAUACAAGAACGAGAUGGGUAAAGAAGGCAGUGAAGGAGGGGAUCAAACAUCUAGCCACCAGCAGGGAGCGGAUGGUACCACACAUGUGGAGGGAAAUUCUGAUGACUUAGAUGAGUCAUCCGAAAAACACAGACUCUCUAACCACUUUGAAGCAAAGGGCUCCGAUGUGAAUGGUAUUACCCGUAACUUGCUGGGAAGAAGAAGAAGUGCCAGCGAUAUCUCAUUGGAACAGGAGAAUGAGGAGGAGACCAGAGACGGUGAACAUGGCAAAUACAUGAACGACAAACAGAUCAUCAAGCUGAUCAACGAAGACAGUACAAACCAGGAGUUCUUCUACAAACCUCCCAUCCAUGCCCUUACAUUGGCCUUCACCACCCCAGAAAUGGAGACUGAUUACCGAGAUCACUACCUGGAGGACACCCAAAAUCAGAACACUGUCUCCUCUCCCCGCUACCAGGCCCUCCUGGAGAUCAUUGUGGCUUUUAUGGUCUUUGGUAUCACCUCUGUCUGUUGCUUCCUGAUCUUUGAGAGACAGAUUCCCUGGAUCCUCGUCUUUAUUAUCUUCUUGAUUCUUGAGAUUCUCUGCCUCAUCCAGGCAUUCACUGAUGUCAGAUACAAGGAGAGGAAGGUGGAGUCCUGUCCUAGCUGCACACAUCUGAUGUCUGGGUGGUACUUCAGGAACCUGAUUGGAGCAGUGGUGACCAGUAUCCCUGUGUUAGCUGUCUACUCCAACCUGUCAUGUGAAAUUGCUAUCAGCACAUUCUCACAGGACCAUUUCUUCUGCUACUGCAUUGUUAUGGCUCUUCUGCACUACUGUAACUACAACAUGAUUAGUUCCUGGGUCAAGUCCAUUGUAGCAUCACUUGCAGGAAUUGUUAUUCUUGUCUUGUUGUAUGUUCAGCUCUGUGUGUUUAAAAAUAACUCUGGAACAAAGUCCAUGGUCAAUGGAACUUUUGGUUACUCCAAUACAACAGAUAUAAGCAUUACUACCAUGGUCACAACCAUUGCCCCAGAUGCUACAGUAGUUCCACCACUGUUUUCAGGAGAUCACCCUCUGCAGUUUGAGAUCAUAUUGGACAUCAUUCUGUUACUCAUUCUGGUCUUCUUUCUGAACAGAGAAUUUGAAAUCAGUUACAGAUUGUCCUACCAUGGAGACAAACAAGCAUCAGCCAAUAAACAGCAAAUGCAACUGAACAAGGAGCAAGCUGAUUGGCUGCUUCACAACAUUAUCCCUAAGCAUGUCUCAGAACAGUUGAAAGGAGAGAAUUGCCAGUACUCCAAGAACCACAAAGAUGUUGGAGUCAUUUUUGCUGCCAUUGUGAAUUUUAAUGAGUUCUAUGAUGAGUCUUAUGAAGGGGGAAGAGAAUAUUUGAGAGUGUUAAAUGAACUAGUAAGUGACUAUGAAGACUUGCUCAAUCAACAUAGAUUCAAGGAUGUGGAGAAAAUAAAGACUAUCACCAGUACCUUUAUGGCUGCCUCUGGCCUCAACACACAGUCCAGAAUGGAGAACAAACAUCCCCAUGCCCAUCUCUUUGCUUUAAUGGAGUUUUCCAUGGAAAUGCAAGAGGUAGUGAAAAGAUUCAAUGAAAGUUUGUUUAACUUUGACUUUAUACUCAAUAUAGGGUACAAUCAUGGAGAGGUCACAGCAGGUGUGAUAGGGACAACUAAGCUGUUGUAUGACAUCUGGGGAGACACGGUUAACAUCUCUAGCCGUAUGUAUUCUACAGGGGUCAAGGACAGAAUCCAGGUACCAGAGGCAUGCCUCAAGCUUCUGGAAGAGGUGUUUGAAUUUGAAUAUAGAGGAACCAUUCAAGUAAAAGGAAAGGGAGAUAUGAAGACUUACCUUUUGAAAGGCAAGAGAGAUGGCGUCCACUGGGAAUAGGGAUUUAUGAUGGCAUUUUAAUUUUUUUUUCCGAGUUUCAGUUAAUCUGUUGGAUGAUAUAUUUUCUUAUAAUGAAUUUAAUAUGCAGGUUUUACUAAAUCUGUAGAUAGCAGUUUCAUUGAACUCGCUUGCAGUGUUAUUAUUUUAAAAUAUUUAUUAAUGUUUAUAAUUAUAGCUUUGAUAUUGAAAGAAUUUCCAGGAUCUGUCAUGAAAAAAAUUGGCAGAUUUUUCUACGGGUAGAUAGUUGGAUGAUCUCCAUGAACAAAUUUGUCAUAAAGUUGUAGCAACCCUUACUUAACCGUGCUAAAACUGUGAAAUCUUCCCCAGCAAAAGUGAAUUUAUUGAAAUAGACCAAUACUAGUAUCUUUAAAAACAGGAAAUAUUUCUUUGUGUUGUUUUUUUAACAUGUUUUAACAUAGAUUUUUCAAAAGAUAUUUUAUCAAUACUUUUUAAAGAUAAAAUAUUUUCAUUUAUGUUUAACAAAAUCUUAAAAUCAUUUUCAUAAUAGUACACAUGCAGAAAUUGAGAGAAUUCCUUCAUACUUCUUCUUAAAGGAUUUAAGUAAUAUCUGAUUAUGUGACAAAUAUUAGUGGCAUUUUUUUCAAAUUAUUAGUUAAAUUUUCUGGUCAUUGUUUUACCAUGUGAAUUGUUAAACUGAAUUAAGGUGACUAUUCUUCCUCUCUACAAAGUGAUGCUUUACUGAAAUCUUAGUGAUAUUUAAUUAUUGUAUGUUGUGUGUUUAAGACAUAAAAAGAAUUUUUCUUUUACCUCACAUAAACCAACCUUUAAAAAAAAAAGUGUGAAUGUAUUAGUACCAGUAGUUUAACCUUCAGAAAUAUAUUUAGUACUGUUGUUUCCAGGAGAAAUAUGAUUAUAUACUUUAUACCAUUUGUGUAACCAAUUAUUUGUACAUCAUGUACUGCUUUCAAACUGCUUAAAUUAUACAAAACCUUAGAGCUCGAAGUAACUGGUGAACCAACCAAUUUGUUCACAACUUUUAUUUGAAAUUGUCUGAGAAGUACUUUAUGUAGAUUUGUGAACAUAUUCUACUCUUAGCAGUGUAUUUUUUUUUUUCAUUAUAUCAAAUAGAAUCUCAUUAGUAUUGCUAAAGAAUAGGCAGAAAUUAAUUUUAAAACAUGUUGUAUUUAACUGACAUGGUGAGCUGCUUGGACUAAAAAAAAAUUCAUGUAACAGGAUUUUUUUUUAAACAAAUGAGUCAAGAUGUUUGAAAAAAAAAAUAAAGCAUCGUUUGUACUAUCUUCAACCUUAACCUUAGUAUCGUGUUGUCUUGCUGUGAACAUUAACUUAUCCAGAAUCCUAGUGUGAAAACAAAACCUAUGUAUAUUUAUUUAUUCUGUACAGGUUACAUGGGGCCACUGUUUGAAGUUAUGGUUCUUGCUUGUGAUGUGUCAAUCGUAUAGCUGUCUUUAUAUAAAUAUUUAUGUUUCUAGAGUCACUCAAACUUGUGAAGUUUCAUCUGUAGAGGUUUAUCUACUGUUGCUGUCAUACAGUAAUUUUGUAUGGAGGAGAAAAUCAUUACAAUAUCCAUGAAAGCUGCUCUAAUUGUAGCUCCUACACCAAACAUUACAUUAUAUGAUUACUUUUAACAUCAAAUGAUUAAUUUUUGUUAUUCAAAAGAUGUGUAGAAUUCUUUUUCUGAUGUAUUAAGAUUUUAUUUCCUGAAAUGAAGUCGUACAUUAUUCUUAAAGUGAAAAACAAACAUUACAUGUAGUUCAGUAAUAUUUAUGUUACAUUGAUGUAGUGCUAACAAUGCAUUCUUAGAAAACAUUUGCCGAUUUUUAAGAACUCUUGAACUUUUAUGUAAAUGAUAUAAGGGUUUUCUGUGUGUUUUAAGCGAUUCUUUAAAUACCAUAUAAGUACCCAAAUAUAAUGUAGAAAAUCAAAAGAGAAAUUAGUAUUUUAUACAAUUUGAGCAAAUUCAGCAGAUUAAAAAAACUUUUUCCAAACAAAAUUUAAAAUAAAGAAAAAAAUAAGAUAAAUCUCCUUGAAACACCAUUUUAAGCAAGUCUUUGUAAUAUUAUUGGAAUAUAUUUUUUUAAUUUAAAGUUGAUUAGUGUUGUACUUUUUGUUGUCUAUAUAUGUUCAUAGUCACUUGGCCAAUGGAACCAUAAACCAUAGAUACCAAGUUUAUAUUCUAUAGUAUUGCAUGAAGAUACUUUUUCUAGUCACACUGUGUAGAUAUUACGGAAAGCCAAAGGAUCUAUAUAUAUACAGCCAAUUUAUAUGAUUAAAGUAGAAAAGAAUUUUUGAUGGAGGCAUUGUUUGCAUUAUUUCAGGUAUUUGUUGUAUGAAACAGAAUUUCUAUGUUAAAACAAUUCAUCUUUAAUUUUUUUUUAAGAAAAUUGCCAGUGAAGAAAAUAUUAUCUUGGUCAUUUAUAUUAGUUUGUGAAAAGCUUAUUACAGAUUUUAGCAAAAUUGAAAUCUAUACACACCAUAAUUUAAUGUUAGCUGGUAAACACAAUAUAUUUGUAUGCUGAUAUAAAUUGUGUAAAACUGAUAGAAAAGACAUUUGAAACCACUGCUGUUUUUUUUGAAAGCUGAUGAAAAGAAUAGGAUUUGAAAAAAAAAAAUAUACCUGUUGAAUAUUUGUUGUACAAUACAGCAUUACAUUCUACAGACAAGACAUGUAUUUCAUGAAUGGCUGAGAUUUUAUUUUAGUAUGAUACAACACGUUUGAAGUGACAUAACACUCUGUAGUUUUUAUAUUGUUAUGCUUCUGAUAGGCUUUAGAAUAAAUUGGAAAAUUUA